AUGUUAGCUAGGCCAACAAGAUCUGCGGUUGCUGUUCGAGGAUCAGAAUCCAAGGUGUGGAUACAGGCUUUCUUAGCUGCAUGGGAAGAUGCAUGUUCCUAUGCUGGUUGUAGAACGAGCUUCGUGGUACCUGAUGGAGAGUUCUUACUCGGCCCCAUUACAUUUUCUGGGUCCUGCCAUCAGGAAUCAUCUCCUGAAGUUGUGAUAAAGGGACUAGUGAAGGCUCUACUAGACCUUGUUGCAUUUAGUGAUGAUAGUUGGAUAAAGUUCACAGACUUGCAUGGCAUUGGUAGCCUCAGCAAGCGUGCACAAGAGAAGUCUGUGAUUAGUGUACAUGUGAGGAAUUGCACUCUUAGUGGCACCAUGAAUGGUGUAAGGAUCAAAACAUGGCCUGAAUCACCGGGACUUAAAGCUUCUGAUAUCAUAUUUGAAGAUAUCAUUAUGGAAAAUGUUUCCAGGCCAAUCAUCAUCGAUCAAAACUAUUGUCCAGUCUAUCCUUGUACAAAGAAGGCCUCGUGA